AAGACAAUGCCGUCCAUCCCGGUGGUGGCCCUGGCCUGGCUGGUCUCCCUGAGGACUUUGUCUGUGGCACUGGAUCCAACCCUGGAGGGGACAUGGAGAGACUGGAAGGCCACUCACAGCAAGGAAUACGCCGAGGAGGAAGAAGCCUUCCGAAGAGCUGUGUGGGAGGAGAAUCUGCGCAUGAUCCAAGACCAUAACAGCCAGGCCGACCUGGGGAAACACACCUACAGGCUCGGCAUGAACCACUUUGGCGAUUUGACUAAUGAAGAGACUAAUGAGAAGCUGAAUUGCUUCCGUCCUGACUUGGAUGAUGUGGCUCAGAAGAAUGUGGUCAUGUUCACAGCCUCAGAAAAUCUGCAGAUUCCUGACAGUGUGGACUGGCGAGCCAAAGGUUAUGUCACCGAGGUCAAAGAUCAGGGUGAAUGUGGAUCUUGCUGGUCCUUCAGCGCCACUGGAGCUCUGGAAGCUAUGCAUUUCAAGAAGACGGGGAAGCUGGUCUCGCUGAGCGAACAAAAUCUUAUUGACUGUUCUGUGAACCAGGGGACUAGCGGCUGCGAAGGCGGAUGGAUGCACGAAGCUUUUGAAUAUGUGCAGAAGCAAGGAGGGAUCAAUUCGGAGAAAAGCUACCCGUAUGAUGGAAAGGAUGAUUAUAGCUGUCGUUACGACCCUGAGAAUUCUGUUACCGGCUGUAGCUCAGUAGGACUUAUCUUGACAGGAGAUGAGGAAGGCCUCCAGCAGGCUGUCGGCACAGUUGGUCCAGUUUCGGUUGCAGUGGAUGCUCGGAGUUCUGAGUUUCACUUUUACAAGUCGGGCAUCUUUAAAAACCCCUGGCUUGGAGACCCAUAUUUGACUCAUGCUGUGCUGAUGGUUGGUUAUAACAGCUCCGGUUCCAAGUACUGGAUCUUGAAGAACAGCUGGUCCAGUUCUUGGGGUGAUCAAGGAUACAUGUUCUUGGCACAAGGAUCAAACCAAUGCGGCAUCGCCAACAUGGCUUGCUAUCCCAUUCCAUAACCAGCCAAGUGGGCAUCUGGACCAUUUGAGAAGCAAAGCUGACAGCCACCAAAAAGAAACCACUGCUUCCGAAGCUUCUGGAGAACUAGGAAGGAAAUGCUAGGAAAAUUAAUAAAUGCUUUUAGGCAAC